CAUUCACUAAAAAGACAGUCCAAUCAUCAUCAUCAUCAUCAGUGCGUUGGGGCAUUUGGGGAGUUGAAUGGCGAUGAUGUCUUUGUCCCUCACUAAUCUCCGUCAAUCGGUACCAUCACCGUGGUCGUCUAUAAGAAGCCUUCCGUCCAAUUUUCCAUCGCAGCUCCCCUUCACCUCCGCCGUUGGUGGUGGUAGACCUCUUGUUUCAUCUCGGACACAAACACUUCGUCUUCGAUGCUUAUCCGCUUUAACUCCUGAGCUAAAGACCACUCUGGAUAAAGUCGUUACAUCAGAGAAGGUCGUUCUUUUCAUGAAGGGAACUAAGGACUUCCCGCAAUGUGGAUUCUCAAAUAAUGUUGUGCAGAUACUCAAGUCCUUGAAUGCACCUUUUGAAACUAUAAACAUUCUAGAGAACGAGCUUUUACGUCAGGGAUUGAAGGAAUAUUCCAGCUGGCCAACAUUUCCCCAACUCUACAUUGACGGGGAGUUCUUUGGCGGUUGCGACAUUGUCAUAGAAGCAUACCAGAGUGGAGAGUUGCAGGAACUACUUGAAAGGGCAUUACUCUCCUGAUAAUAGUUAAAUGAAUUGGAUGCCAUUGGCUUAAACAUGUUAAGAUUCCCUGAUUUCUUAUUGUAAUUUAUGUGAAUUGUAGUGAUGCAGACAGUGCAUGUGAUUUUAAUGGAAUGGCAUUAUAUUGCUA